UAACCGUGAGUUUUUGAAUGUCAACGACAAGAGGCGGAUGAGGAGGCCGACUGGGCGACGCUCGAACGAAACGCACGCACGUCGAAGGACGAGGGCGAAGAGUGCGCGCGGUGAUGCUUGGACGUUAGAAGCGAGGACUGCGAUCAUCCGUACACACGAGGUUCUCACGCAGGUACACCACGUUUCUUGCACACCGUCGUGUGUCCCUUUCGACACCCAUCGCUACACCGGACGCGAUCCACUCCACCAUAUUGCUCGUGGGAUAAAUAUUUUGCCGACGACCUUCGAGUUUAUCAACAUCACCGGAAUUAGGCAAGGAACAGAAGUACCAAAGUUUUAUUCUAUACAAAAAUGGCACCUCCAAAAGUAUUGCUUGGACAGAAUAGGCAAAACAGCACUAUAAACCUAAGGAAUAGAAUGACAACCAGAAGUCAAAAUGCUUCAAUAAGCAAUGUAGUAAAACAGUCUAUCAGCAGAGAUACUCGUACUAAGCGGAAGGCGGAAGCUUCACCACCUAAAGAAAAAACAGUCAAAAGAUCUGCCUUCACAAACAUUACUAAUGCCAUUACUACAUCAUUUGGAGGACAGAAUCAUGUAACAAAAAAGAUGGUUACUCAUGGAAAACUAGUUGUAAUAGACAAGCCUACCGAAAUUAAUAUUGCAAAAGUUAUCCCAGUGAAGUCGAAACCAUUGCCUCGUGUUAAGCCUAUUAUUAAAAAGGACGAUAAAACGGAAAUUCCCAACAAGGUCGUGAAUAUUAGACACAGCACAGAUCUAGAGAAGUCAGAAGACAAUUCACUGUAUGUUAGUGCUUUGGAAGAUGUUACAGAUAGCCUGAAGAAGAUUCGUAGAAACAGCAAUAAUAAGGUUGACGAGAACGAAAAAAAAGUCGAGAAGGACGAAAAGAGCGAAACUACGUCUUCUGUGAGCAAGAAGAAAGCAUUAACUGCCGCUGAAUUGAUCACUAUACCCGUAAGGGAAUUACCCAAAGACGUGCAAUGGGACUUUGACAUCGAGAAUUGGCUAGAUCCAUUCCAAGUAUCGCAAUAUGCGAUGGACAUCUUUGAGUAUCUAAAAGAACGAGAGCGUUUAUUUCGCAUUGCCGAUUAUAUGGAGCGGCAAGUAUGUCUGUCGCGGUGGAUGAGAGCGCUGCUGAUCGACUGGAUGGUCGAGGUACAGGAAUCGUUUGAGCUUAAUCACGAGACUCUCUAUCUGGCCGUGAAAUUGGUCGAUCUCUAUCUGUCAAAGGUGACGGUCGGCAAGGAAACUCUACAGUUGCUCGGCGCUGCGAGUCUUUUCAUAGCGAGUAAAUUUGAUGAAAGGAUACCACCGAUGGUGGAAGAUUUUUUGUACAUAUGUGAUGGCGCUUACACACAGAGGGAACUCAUCAGAAUGGAAAUGAAUGUCUUAAGAGUAGUAAAUUUUGACCUGGGAAUACCUCUUUCUUACAGGUUUCUUCGGCGUUAUGCUAGAUGUGCCAAGGUGUCUAUGCCAACGUUAACUCUGGCUCGAUACAUAUUAGAGUACUCGCUGAUGGAUUACUCGAUGAUCACGUACAGCGAUAGCAAAAUCGCAGCGGCGGCGCUGCUACUAGCAUUGUUAAUGAAGGACCUGGGAGGAUGGACUCCAACAUUAGAAUAUUAUAGCGGUUAUAAACUUGACGACAUAAGAGAUAUCUGCAUUCUUUUGAAUCAGUGCCUGCAUAAGAAGCAUAAGGAAACUCUAAUGACCGUUCGCAACAAAUACAGCCAUAAGAUUUUCUUCGAAGUAGCAAAGCUGCCACUAAAAGAAACUUUAGAUAUAUAGGUAAAACAAAUAAAAUUAAAAAUAAAGCGAUUGAAAUUAAUUUAUAUAAAUAAAAACAAUUGUCUAAAGUUCGAUAUAAGUACAGACAGAUGACAUUUGACAAAGUGGAAGCAAAAGACACAGACUAGUCGCUAAGACUAACUAUUGUUGAGUCGAUCUAAACAUAGGCAAUUGGAAUGGUCAUUAGCAUGCGAAUAGCGAUAUUCCCUAAAUAAUAAAAUUGUAUAAUAAUAAUAAAAAUAUAACUUUUGAUAUAAUUUUUAUGUUUACAAAAGACUUGAUAUUCUCUAAAUUGUAUAAUGCAUAAAACGUAGACGAGAACGUAAAAAACAUCAAACGCAUUUCAAAAAUGUUAUAAAAAAACUUAUAUCACACACAAAAGCUUUAUAUUUUUAUUAUUAUACUAUUUUAUUAUUAAUAUUAUUAUUUAUAUAUAUGACGCGUGUAAUCUAUAUUACUUUAUAAUCUCAAUAUUUAUAAGUUAUUUUACUUUUUUUCUUUUUUUUUUUAUAUUAAAACAUUUAUUUUAGCGCCAUGCUUUUACAUCUUGCGAGAUAAAUUUUUCAACCGAGAUUUGUAGCGCCGGGUUUUCAAUGUAUAAAAGGAGGAUGAAAAGUAAUGCGCACGGUCAGAUUUCUCAAAAAACGAAAAGAUGUAUUUUCAAGAAUCGAAAAGAGAAAUAAAAUAUAUCUUUGUAUAUAAUCGUCCCUCCCCCUUAUAAUAUUUAAUACAUUGUUUCAAAUAGAAAACAAACUUGUAUAAACUUGUAAUUUUGCAAUACAUGAAAAAAAAGAAAUUUUCUUUAAAUUGAUAAAAGAAGUACAAAUUGCGCGGCUUCACAUUUGAAUUUCAUGUUUUGUAUUUAUCGUAGGAAUUUACUUUCCAAUAUUGCAAUACUCGUCUGUAAUUUCGGAGCGAUCGGACUUAUAAUAUUCAUAUUGUGCAACAAAUUUUACUGUGCUUUGAGUAAUGUAUUUUCUCGCUGAAAGCGAUGACGUAAAGAAUAACCGAACAGCUAUAUUUUAUUUUGGGCAUCUGUAUCUCGUGUCACUCUCGAGACACUCGACCAUGUGCAUUACUAUUUAAUCUCUCUUUCUCUUCUCCUUUCUAUUUCUCUCCUCUUCUAUCCUCGUAAUUAAUCUUAAUUCUUUGAUGCUUUUUCUUCCAAAAAUAUUUCCGUAAAAUUGACAAUACAACUGCUGAUCAACAAUAUAAAUUAUGCUUAGAGCGAAUGAUCAUGCAGUAAUUUUUAUUCAAAGUUCUGUCGUAUAAAUAGUGUGGCGCAUUGUUAUGCAUCGUUGUUGCAUUUUACAGUCGGCUUUCCGUAUUUUCUCAAGCCUAUUAACUUUUCUAUUUUUGACUUUUUCUUCAGUUUCCAUGUCAUUCUAACAUCAUCCUAUUCGACGAUCAAAUUUUAAAUAUAAGUACAUGUUAGAGAAAAAAUCAAAAAUAGAAAAAGCUAAACUUUCGGCCCCGUCGAGAAAAAGCACGGUGGUUCGACUGUAUAUAAACUGAUGAUGAAGCUUAUGUUGCCAGGGUGAGAAAUUCGGAUUUCUGAUUGUUACAAUAGCGAAUCAAAAUUUAUAUCGCGUUUAAUGUGAGAUUCUCUCAAUCAAAAAUCCUACGCCCGAUAUUUUACUGAGAUAUAAGCUUAUUCAAGGAUUUAUAAGUUAGCUAUAUAUGUUAUAGUAAUCUAGCUAGGUACGAUUUAAGCUCCUUUCUCGUACAUUUAGCGAAGUAAGAUUUCCCUUUUCUAUUGAAAAUGCGUAACGCUCACUCUGCAAACGCUUGCGUGCCAAAACUAAAUGCGAUUAAUAAUUUGCAAAAGAUGCAAUUCACACUAUAUCUAUAAGAUGGAUAAGACGUUUCAAGACCUAACUCAUAUAAUAGUGCUAUGGUAACAGAACUUUUUCCUGAACAAAGACAUGCAGAACAAUCGUCAACAAAAAAUAAAAAGGACCACCUGUGAUAUUAACAUUCACUUAUAAUGUCACAAAAUCGAAACGAUAAGUGUCAAGUAUUCUUUUUUUAUGCUUUUUUCUAAAUACAGGGUGGCCACGAAAUUCUGUUACUCCUAGUAUGAAAUUGAAGAACUCGUGACGUAAUAAUGAAAUAAAUUCGUAAUUUGCAUUGUUACAAUAUAAUCUGUUUGUAUAAUUAAUAUACUUUAUUUAUUGAACAAUUUGCUUAAAUAAAAAAAAAUAAGUGUGAAGCAAGAUAUGAAAUAAUAUGUACAUUAAUAUAAAAUUAAUUUUAAAUAUAUAUAAAAAAUAAAACAUUAAAAAAAAAGAUAUGUUCAAUGUAAUAAUGUACGAGAUUUAGCAGAUCGAAAUAUAUUAGCCAUUAUUCUCAUUGCAGAAGGUGGUCUAUCACCAAAUUCUCCAUAUGUGUGACAUUUUUUGUAUUUUUCAUUGAAUAAAAGCUAUAAAAUAAAAAGAGAUAAAAUAUAUGUAGUAAAUGUGCAUAUAGCAUAUUUAUGAUAAUGACUAAUUUAUAUAAAAGAAAUAAGGAAUUUUAUGGCUGCCCCGUAUAUAUACCCAGUAAUUGUGUACAGUAUUUAUAUACGACUGCUUUCUCUCUCUUUUAGCAAAAAAUAGAAUAUAUUAUACACACUUUUGAAAUGAUUAAUCAUCUCAGUAGGUUCUUAUCUCAAAAACGUGAGCAUAAGUAAAUUAUAUAUUACUUACUGUACAUACAUUUGAUUGUAGAUUUGCAUCUGUAUAUGUAUAUACCCAUAAUUAAUCUUUAGGACAAAUUUAAAAUUUAUGUAAUAAAUAUACAUCAAC